CCCGCCCCCCGGGGCCUGGCUGGAGGCCGCAGAGCCCGGCGUCCCUUUAAAGGCGGGGAGGACCCGCGCCCCGGCCCUCCCGGCUCGUGCUGACGUCAGCGGGGGCGUGUGUGAGCGCGCGGGCGUGCGGACGGAGCCCGUGGCUGGUGAGGCUGCCGAGCAGGGCCAGGCCGGGCCCUGCCCGCAAGGACGCCAGAGCCCUUCACCGGCCCCGGGGCCCCAGAACCCGCCAGGCUCGCCCGCUGGCCCCGCCAUGACAUCGGAGCCCACGUCGCCCCCAGUGGUGCCCCCGCUCCACUCGCCCAAGUCCCCUGUCUGGCCCACCUUCCCCUUCCACAGGGAGGGCAGCAGGGUGUGGGAGCGGGGCGGGGCACCACGGGACCUGCCCAGCCCGCUGCCCACCAAGCGCACCCGGACGUACUCAGCGACGGCCCGAGCCUCGGCCGGCCCGGUGUUCAAGGGCGUCUGCAAGCAGUUCUCCCGCUCCCAGGGCCACGGCUUCAUCACCCCGGAGAACGGGUCGGAGGACAUCUUCGUGCAUGUGUCUGACAUCGAGGGGGAGUACGUGCCUGUGGAAGGCGACGAGGUGACCUACAAGAUGUGCCCCAUCCCGCCGAAGAACCAGAAGUUCCAGGCUGUGGAGGUGGUGCUCACCCAGCUGGCCCCACACACCCCCCACGAGACGUGGUCCGGCCAGGUCGUGGGCUCCUAGGCUGGGCGCUGUGCGGGGAGGGCGGGCAGCCCCUGGCGGCCUGGUGUGCACGUCUGUCUGUCUGUCUGUCUGCGCUCAUGGCCGUGCGUGUGUGCCUCCACCCACCCGUGCCCUGUGACUGUCCUGCGAGCUGGCCUGAGCUAGCCAGAGGGGAGGCCAUCGGCCCCGGCCUGUCCCUGCCCCGCCCCUCCCGCCGCACACACAGGACCCCCUUGUCCUCCUGCCCAUGGCCCACACUGGCUCAGUCUCUGCUAGCCUCUGGCUCGGGGGGAUUUGGGGGACCCCUCUCAGAUGAGCUUGUUCCCCUCUGCUUGUGCUCCUGUGACCCGCCCUGGGCUGAGCCCCCUGCCAUGGCCUGCUCCUUCCCCUUGGAAGCCAGGCUGGUGAGCACUCUGGGGGAGCCCCCAGCCUCACGCAGAGGAGGGCCAAACACGGGGGCGCAUGGCCCCCCACUGCCGCAGCCCGCCCGUCUUCCUACUCGAGCUCUCAGGGCCCUGGCCAGGCGGGAAAGGGGGGCCUGGGGACGGAGGGGAUCCUGUUUGACCUAGCAGGGGCUCUGGGAGCCCCAUGCGCGUCCCCUGCGCCCCAGGGCAAGCCGGGGAUGCAGCUCCGUAGCCUGGGUGCAGCCAUUUCCUCUCCCGGACUCCCAAACCCCACGGGUUCUCCGCCCUGCACUCGGCCACCGGCUGGGGAGGAUGCGGCAAUGGCCGACACAGCGUCCCCUCAGAGGAGGCCAGACCCAGGCACUGAAGGUCCACCAGGCUGUGCCCGACAGCCUCCCCCGCAGCUGUGGGACGGCGGCUCCCACAGGUCCUGCCGGGCCAGCAGCCCAGGGGUCCUCACCGUGUCCAUCCCUGCUGUGUCCCUGUGUGUGGCGGUCCCUUACCUGGAGUUGCCCUGGGCUGCCCUGUCCCUGUGCUCUGCAGGGGCGACCCGGCCUGGGAGGGGCCCUGCCCCUCGUGAUCCCUCCCCAGACCUGAUGUUGGGGCGUGGGGUCACAGGCUCAAGGGGGGGCCUGCCAGGUCGGUGACCCUUGAGACCCAGUGUACAAGUAAAAGUGGGGGCUCCCACGCCCAGAACGAGGGGGUCAGUGACUGCCUAGGAGGCCUUGGAGCUGCCCCAAGAUCCCAGGGUAGAGAUCAGCCGGGGCAUCUGCACCCCAGCCCAGCACCGCCAGAGGCCGGGCGGUGCCGAGCAGCCCCCAUCCCUGGGAAGGGCCAGCCCGCCUGACACCCCACUGGGCUGGACAAGGGCCCCCACCCCCGCAGGGGCCCCGCCCCCGGCCUCCCCCACACGAGCAGCUCCUUUUGUAGGUAUCAGGCCAGGGCCACCUAGGCGGCGGGGGCAGCAGUCUCCGCCCCGUUCUCAGCCCCAUAGCAGUGGAAGUCAUCCCGAGACCCCAGCCACGGACUCCCCACCCUUCCUAACACUGGCAAUAAACUCUCAACUGUGA